UGGGGGCGCCGACGUCGCUGCGUUGGCUUCGUGGCCGAUGGUUGCUGCUGACGUUGGAGGAGCCGUAGUAGCCGCGCUAGCGUGUAUGCGGGUCGUUGCCGGUCGUGUCCGCUGGACUCUGGGUGCUGCAGCAUGGAUCUACCGCUCGGAACGGUCGUGAGCCCGCACUACGCGUUCCCCAUCGUCGGCGUCAUACUGUGCGCCCUGCUGGUUUUCGCUUUCGGCUUCAAGUCGCCCAGCCAGCCUCCCAGCUUCGGAAGCAUCGACGAUGAGAGCGACAAGAAGAAGAAGCGAAAGGCCAAGGAGUCCCAGAAGAGCAAAGCGCAAGCCAACGGCCAUGCGCCAACUGCAUCCCCGAAAGUCGUUAGCCAAGCCAAGCCCAAAGUAGAGAAGGCACCUGCUCCUGCUAAACAGAAAACCGAGAAAACAGAUGCCAAGGCUGCUCAGCAAAAAAAGGCUGCCCAACCCCAGGAGAAGCGGCCGGUCACAGCGAAGGGAAAGAAGGAAGCUGCUGCAAAACAACCAGAGGAGCCUGCUCCUGCAGCGCAGUCAGCUGAGGAUGCUGGAGAUGGGUGGGUGCAGAAGCUGAGCAAAAAAGAUAAGAAGAUGCGUCGCAAGGAAGAGGAGAAGACCACCGUCUCGGCUGACAAGAGUCAGGCCAAAGCAUCGGCCACCGAAGAAUCCAAGAGCCCUGCCGCCAAGCGUAAGAAGCAGUCCAAGGAAGCCGAUGCUAAAAAGGCUGAGCCAGAUGUUGAAACGCCACAGGAACCUGUCACCGCUGAGCCAGUUGCCGCAGCUGAUCCUGAGUUCACACUUUAUCGAGACAUUGUAAACAAGGAACAUCCCAAGGAUCAGAGAAACAAAAAGAAGCCCAAGUCUCCUCCUACUGAGCCAGAGCCUGUGAAGACCCCGACCAAGAAGGAGCCGGCUAAGAAGGACGUCACCAAGUCCGAGGAUGCUGCUUCAAAAGCCAAAGGCAAGGGUGGCAAACCUGACAAAAAACAGGCUGAGGAUUCAAAGCCCAGUGAUACCGCCAAGAAGGCAGCAGCACAGGAGAGCUCACCUGCAGCGGAGCCUUCUGUGAAGCCAAGCAGCAGCCCAGAGACAGCAGAUUCAAAGAGCAGUGAAGUUGCUCCACCUGCAGAGUCCAACGUGGCUUUUGACGAACUCGGUGACGCCUGGACGGAGGCCAAGCCCCAGAAGAAAAAGAAGAAGGCCCGCAAAGACUGAAGCUGUGCCCUGCCUUCUUGCCUAGUCGCCCUGGAAUCCAGGUGAAGCGACCGUCUGCUUCGACGGGACCAAACCGCCGCCGCUGCGUCGAAAAAAAAUGUCCCUGCGUGUGUCUGUUGCCUGUUCAAUAGCACCAGCAGCGAGAACACUGGAGGGGCCAACGCAGUGGGGGCCGAUGCCCCCGAGCCAUCGCCUCUUUUCGUCUCUCGUGCAACAAGUGACUCUCUCUCUCUCUCCCUCGCUCGUGUGACGGUUCGCGAGCCGGGCGAGGUUUUGGAGCUGCAGUCAGUGGUGUCGUCGGGACGGCACAAGCCAGAAGUAUGCAAACGUGCUGCCACCACACCGCACCCCAGCCACAUCGUUUUAUUCACAGUCCUUGCAUUUUUUUUAUUAUUAUUAUUUUCCCGCGAGGUGUGGUGGUGGUGAAAGAAAACUCGCUGUGUCGCCCUCUUCGUUCCCCUAGGUAAUAAGGAACACCAGUGUGUCGAAUGUGUUCCUGCCACGCUUGCAAGGGAGUGCGAGUUUGUGUAACUUGCCCCUGCACUGGUGGAGAUGCUCAUUCUGUGUACUCUGCGUGUGAGGGAGACUAAAGCACACAGGAGGAGGGUGGGGACCUAUGGGUCAGUCCUUUCCCUCUUUUAUAAUGUUUGUUUGUUUCUCAACUUUUGUUGUUACGAAGAGUUUUAUUACUGUGGAGCAGGCCACUGUACAUCCCCGAGUGGUUAGCAGCCAAUAGUCGUUUGAAGGUCCCCGUGAGCAAAUGGAUCUCUCUGCGCCAUUUGCAAAGGUCAACGCUGCUCAACUUUUCGCUUCUUGAAGGUCUCUUUUUUAAUUUCUGUUUUUCUUUCUUGUUCUCGUUAUUUUACACUCAGGCUUUUCAUUUUUUUUUUAUCUGGGGAGAGUAAAUGCUAUAUUUCAUAUUAUGGUUGGUGGGUUGCAUUAAGAGUUUUACUUUUGCCGUUGUUUAUAUGGCACUGCCUUUUGCCACUAGUUUUUUUACUCUGACCUCCAUGAGAGCAGGGUUACGUGGCGGCUUCCACAUUUACGUGCCACACUUUUUCACAGACACAUGCAUGUUUUUUGUGCAGUCUCGUUUUCUUGUCUGGGAAGCUCUUCCUACACACACACAUAUAUAUAUAUACAUAUAUAUAGUACUAAAGGAACACUGGAAGGAGCGAUGGUUUUUAUGCAUUCCUCUUGUGUCAGUACAAUUUGAGCAGAGACCAUUCUGUGCGUACCUUGUCCAGGUUUCUUUGAACAUUUCGUCUUCCUUUCUUAAAUCGCGCUGCACCGACGUCCCAUCCCUUGUCACCUGGGAGUGUUGUUUUGGGAUGCUGUACAAGUUGUUAGUUACUGAAAGUUGUUUAUAACAUAAAAGCACGCUAUGUGACGACCCGUCAGGUCAAAGCAAAUGUGCAGCAAUGAAAAGUGAUCGAGAACUUUUUUUGGGGGGGGGCCUUGUCUGUACUUGCUGAAAGCUGUCCGCUGCCAAAAGUAUACCCGUGGAAGUAUACAGUCGGGUACAACUUAAGAAAUAAGUAGAGCCCAGAUGACCAAAGCGCGGCAGCCGGUUGCCUCCGCGACUAAAGAAAUAGUCCUGCUGACGAGACUUAACCCAGUUCAAAGCGUGGUCUGCCAUGUUCUCCGUUGCCGGGGUCACUGGCCGUCCAGCUCAUGACGUCAGUCUAGAGUGUGCACCCAUUGGUGGAGGCUCGUGUGCAUCCACCUUUGAGGGCUAAAUGCCGCUGCCUUCUAAAGUUGUACCCGACUGUAGAGGUGAGGAAACAUUGAUGGCAACUUGGCCACCUGCAUUGUUGCCAGUGUUUUUUUGUCUUGUUCUUGCAUGUGCGUCCUUUUUGCAGCAGACAUGUCUUUCAGUUAUAAGUGAGGAAGUGAUACAUUAUACCCACACUUUUUUUGUAUGUUUGUUUUUACGCUAUCAAAUCUUAUUCCAACACACUGCAUGGGUUCUGUCAUUUUCGUCUUUUUUCAUCCUUCUAUAUAAGUUUGCAAGGAGUUGUGAUAAAUGCAGGAAACGAACGGUGUUUUUGAAGUUGCUUCGCACUUUACCCCGUUGUUGGAGAGCAACUUGUUAUAAUGAUUAUCGAACACAAAACUGUGUACAUAAGGGCCAAAUGUCCGUGCAAGGACAGUUCCCACUGUUGUCUGCUCUCUUUGUAAUAAUAAAAAAAAGAAAGAGAA